AUGGCCGCCGCGUCCGAGGGUCCUAGUCCUUGCGUCCCUGAGGAUCUUCGGACCUACAUGGCCUGCAUCGUGGCCGCGUCCUGCAUCGUUCAAGCCGCCGUGCCCGCCCAUGUGAGCAUGGAGGUCUACGCAAUGAUCCUGGAGCAGGUGACCCGGUUCGAAGAGAUCACGUGGCCGCUGCUCCGAGAUGCCUUGCUCCACGAGGAGGGUGGCAACAGCCUCGCUGUGGACGCACUCCUUCCCGAGGCCUACAUCUGUGACGGCUCAGAGCACACGUCGCUGCGGCAACUCACCUCUAUGGUGGGCACAGAGCACGCGGCCACCAUGAGCAUGGCCUUGGACCUUAAAGCGGCGGCCGCCGCCAGCCACCAGAUCAUGAACAGCCACGCCGUGAACGCUUCCCUGGACGAGACCAUCGACAAGCUGCAGCAGGCCUGGCAUCCCGUGUGCCAGAAGCUGGGCUGUGACCACACCAACUUUUGGGACAUCUACUUGCAGCACCACAAGCAUGCCCUGGCGCUCCUGGAGACCAAGCACGCGGGGCUCCUGCGCUCGGACAUCAAGCUCCGCUUCCACCUGGAGCAGCGGGUUCAGCGGCUCCUUGGACCUGAAAGCAACGACUACAGCUUCAUCGAGAAGUACGCCCGCCACGGCCAGGAGCACCACUCGUCCCACCAGGUCUUCCAUGCUUACCACGACAGCGCCCGGGCCUCCAUGUUGGAGUUCGCGAAGUCCGUCGUGGGGUCCCUGUCCUACGAGCGGGCCAAGCGCCUGGUGAACCUACACAAGCUGGCCGACAUCGAGAAGGAGGCGGCACGAAAGGAAAGAAGUGCGGAAAGAAGCGCUUCUUCGCACGCGAACGAGAAGAUGCAGCUGUCCUUGUUGGAGGAGGUUGAAGAUGAAGGAGAAGGUGCAGAGGCCUUCUGGGACCGCCGGCGCCGGCGCCGGCGCCGCCGCCGCAUCUUCGAAGUUGUGGUGCAAGUCGUGGAGACCGUCGUGGAAGCAGUGGCUCGGCCAGUCACAUCUGCUCUGGCCUGCGCGGGCCAGGGCGGCAACUUCGUAUCCACGGGUUACACGCGGUCCCUGAACGGCAACGUGGCUUGGUCCAUCGGCCUUGCAGGCGGCAGCUCGGAUAUCAUGAAGGACAUCCUCAAUGGACAGGGCCCCUUGGGUUGGAUCUCAUUGGGAGCCGGCUUCUCGGUUGGAAGCACCACGGACGUUUGGUGGGCAGGAGCCGGCUUCGGUGGCUCCAUCGGGUGCAACGCUCGCUAUGGCUGGAGGGGCAAGUCACGCGGCAGCUGCACCAUGGAUCUCACGGUGUCCACCUUGGCCUGUGGAAAUGUUCCGACAUCAAGCUCCGCAUGCCCCUUUGGCAGGAACUUUGCGGGCAUGACUUGCUCCAGCUCUGGUGGCUACUUUGUGUCCAUCAUGUGCUGCAGCUUUGACCUGACAAAUGGCGGCAACACCUGCCGCUGA